CUAUUAAGUUAUUUUUUUCGAUUUAACCUGGAAUCACAGUUAUAAUGAUUGACAUAUAAAAAAACAAAAAAAAACAAGUUAAAUGAUCAAAUAUAAACCAGAAAAAAAAAUUAAAAUAAAACAUAAUUGGCAUAAAUAUGGAUAGCAAAUCUUGUGAGACUCCUAAAUCUUUACACGCUUCCUUUCUAAACAGCAAGAACUUGAAUUUUUCUUCCGUCUAUAUACCUGUUUUCUAAAUUUCACAAGAAUUAUGGAUCAUUCACAAAGUCAGUACAAGGAAUUCACUCUUUUUCUAAGAUCAAUACUUGAAGAAUGCCCCCACAAGGAUUCGUAUUUUUGACGUGUUACCUACAGAAAUUGAAAGGUGAAAUGACAGGGAGUAGCCUAGAACCAUAUAAUAAAAAGAAAAAGAAAUGUACAGGGAUUAAAAGAAUCAAGUUCUACAAAAACCCAAUGGUCCAUGAAUCCACAAAAUGCUUUUAGUUCAUACCAACAGCUAUUUCUUCCCACUAUUCUGAUGGUGAUGUUCACUUCACACCUUAUUUCCUCUCUAAACUUCACCUUUUAAUACUCACCUAUCAUCAUAAAAACUUUUAGUCCCACCUCUACAAUGUUCUACAACUCCCAAAACAAAACAAAAACACAAAGUAUUAAAGACAAAUUGUGUUUAAACAGAGUAAAAGUUAAAGGUGAAAAUAAGAAUAUAUGGGGAAUAUUUUAUAAGAAGCUAAGGAAUGGACCAUAUAGACUUCAAGGUGUUAUAUUAUCCGUCCGUAAAACCAACAAGAUUCGUGGAGUAUCAUUAAAAGGGAUCAAAACGACAUGUGUUUUUAACAGUAGAAUAUAUAAAAAUAAAGACAGCAAAUUGUUUGUUAAUUACCAUCCGUUUACAUCCCAACGUGGCACAUGAUCUAUUAUCUUGUAUCAUAAACUCCCAACAAUUUCUUGUAUAACAACCAUUCCUGAUUUUAGUGUCAUCUGACAAUUUAGUAUAAUUGGAAUAUAUACUAGUGUCACAUAAUGAGUUAAUUAUGACUAUGAUGUAGUAUAGUGAGGUUUUGCGGAAUGCAUUCUUGUAUAAGAUUAGUUUGAUUGCACUAAAUUUGACUAAGGAACAAUGUGUCCAUAUGGAGCAUUUUAAGAACCUUGUGAAGUAUGAUCUUUUGGUAUGCUUGAUGGGCAUUUUUGCCCAUCUUCUACAAAUGGUUACUUGCCUUCUAAAGAUUUUAGAAGGUGAGGCAUCUUCUAAAUAUAAUUGUUUGUAACUUAUGUAAAAAUGUCAUUUCGUCCUUUUUAUCCAUUUCAUGGGUACUAUAGGUGUAUAUACUAGAGAUAUAUAUAGCACUAUAUUGGCUCUCCUACGAAUUUGAACACACCAGGGCCAAAUUAUACUUUAAGGAAAGUGAAACUGUUCACAGAAUAAGAUAUUGAGGAACUAUGAUUAUCUAUUAGCCAUUUUUCCUCUCCCCUUAUUUCUAACAUAAACUAAAAGAUCCAAAAUAAGUCAAUAAACAAAAGGGGAAUUUCCUUUUGUUCGCUUUUUAGUAAGACAUUGAUGGAUUGUGCCAUAGAAACAAACUACAAGACACCAUAUAACAAAAAGAUAGAUUUUACAAUUCACAUCACCUCGAAUUAAAGGCGGAUUUCCAGCGAUCGAGAAAUAAAGAAUAGCAAAGAAUCUUUCUUUUUACCUUUUAAGCCAACCUUUGAAGAUUUCCUUCUUUUUUCUUUGGUUUCACCACCAAAAAAUCUUUCCAAGGGUCUUUGCAUGCUGCUUAUAUAAUGUCUAGUUCUAAACCACAAAGCCAAUUAAGAACACAAAAGAUCCCAAAAUGGAGAAUUUUAAGAGCAACCCCGAUCAACAUGAGCCAAAAGAUACCUACAAGAUAGCUUAUAUAAUCCACUUCUUACUUGGUGCAGGCAAUCUACUUCCAUGGAAUGCUUUAAUCACAGCCAUUGAUUACUUCGGUCAUCUUUACCCACAAAAACACGUGGAAAAAGUGUUUUCGGUAGCUUAUAUGAGUUCAUCACUUUUAGUUUUAAUUAUUAUGAUUAGUAGCAGUAAAUUCAGCAGAUUAAUCACCUUUCAAGUGAGAAUGAAUAUGGGAUUUAUAAUGUUUGUUGUGUCCCUCAUGGUAACUCCAACCAUAGAUUGGGCAUGGAAAACUCAACCGAAUGAGAGGUCAAAUGCAACAUUUUACACAGUGGUUGCAUCAGUUGUGAUGUGUGGGUUAGCCGAUGGGUUGAUUGGAGGGAGUCUUGUGGGGUCCGCUGGAAAUUUGCCCAAACGAUACAUGCAGGCUGUUUUUGCUGGAACGGCUUCAUCAGGAAUUUUGGUCUCCUUUUUGCGAAUUAUAACAAAGGCAUCACUCCCCAAUGAUCCACAAGGGCUCAAGAAAAGUGCACAUUUAUAUUUCCUAGUCAGUACACUCAUUCUACUAGUGUGCAUGGUUUUCUGUCAUCUACUAUACAAGUUACCAGUCAUGGAACACCAUUAUAAAUCCCUCCAACAAACAACUUCCAAUUCCACCAUUAAAUUCUGGAAAGUAGCAAGAACGAUUCAAUGGCCCGCAAUAGGAAUAUUCAUCAUAUACACCGUAACUCUAUCAAUUUUUCCAGGAUUCUUAGCAGAAGACAUUGAGUCAACCCUCCUCAAAGACUGGUACCCGAUAAUCUUGAUCACAAUUUACAAUAUUUCAGAUUUUUUAGGGAAAUUGCUCACGGCGAUUAUUGUUAUCAAGAGCAUUGCUAAAGCUACAUGGGGAUGUAUGGCGAGGUUGUUGUUGUAUCCACUUUUUACAGCGUGUUUACAUGGACCUAAAUGGGCUAAAAAUGAAGUGUUUGUGGUGUUAUUGACUGUUGUUUUGGGGUUUACCAAUGGGUAUCUGACAAGUGUGAUUAUGAUUAUGGCACCUAAAUCAGUGCCACCUUCGGAAUCGGAAAUGGCAGCGAUUGUGAUGGCUUUGUUCUUGGUAUUGGGGUUGGUUUCUGGUUCUGUGCUUGGGUGGUUUUGGAUCAUUUGAAGCCGGGAAAUGGUAGUAUAUGUGUGAAUUUGUGAUUAAUGUUGUAUUGACAACUCAUUAGAUCGACAUUUGAAAUUAAUGGAUUUAAUAUUUUUAUAUUAUUAAAACCCGAAUCAAAGAAUAUUAGAUACUUUUACAAAUUUGUUGGAUAAAACUUAGAAGCGGGGAAAUAGCAGUCUAUCUGUGAAUUUUUGAUUAAUGUUGUAUUGACAACUCAUUAGAUCGACAUGUGAAAUUAAUGGAUUUUAUAUUUUUAUAUUAUUAAAACUCAAAUUAAAGAAUAUGAGAUACUUCUACAAAUUUGUUGGACAAAACUUUGAAGCAGGGAAAUCGUAGUCUAUGUGUGAAUUUGUGAUUAAUGUUGUAUUGACAACU